CUCAUUUCUCCUUUCUUCAGGUAAGGAGAAUACUCCCUUGAGUAAAUAUUCACAAUGAUCAAACGCCAAUACUUCCUCGUCCAUGGUAUUGUGCAGGGAGUCGGCUUUCGUUUCUUCACCAGGGGUAGAGCCUCCGAUCAUGGUCUCACUGGAUGGUGUCGGAACACGCCAGAUGACAAGGUUGAGGGCGAGGUCCAGGGUCAAGAGGAGAGCAUCGCGGGGUUUCUUAUAAACAUCAACAGGGGUCCGCGGUUAUCAAGAGUCAACAAGGUAGAAACGGAGGAAAGGGAGAUUAUCGAAGAUGAGAAGCACUUUGAGAUUCGACACUGAAACUGUAUUGUUAUUAUUGUACCCUUUUUUUCUUUUUUCUUGUUUA